AUGUCGCUGGCAUCGUCUCUCACAACCCACGUCAACAGCCUGGCCAUCUCCGACGUGCCGCUCAAGCCUCGCACCCCAGCGCCCAAGCCCAACCCCGUCUCGGUUGGCGCGUGGUCCGAUGCUGUAGACGCAUACGCUGGUCCGCGACUGAGCAAGCGUAUUAUCGAUGUACCCGACUCGCAUGUCACUGCGGAGAAGCUUGACGCAAUCUUCAGGACCACAUAUGACGGCGAGUCCAAUCCUGGAGGCUUAAUAAACCUGGGCAUUGCCGAAAACUCGCUUCUCACACAGGAGUACCUUGAAUACUACAGUCGCGUGCUCAAGGACGCGCUCACUCCCGGGGACUUGACCUAUGGCAACCAGAGCUCAGGCAGUAGUCGCCUGCACACCGCUAUCGCGGACCUCUGGAACGAAAACUUCUCACCUCUCACUCCAGUCAAGCCUGACGACAUUGUCACCGGUCCAGGAGCUACGAGCGUGCUCGACCAGCUUGUGGCAGUCUUUCUUGACCCCGGAGACGCAAUCCUCAUCGCAGCUCCUCACUACAAUGGCUUCAACGUCAACAUGGUCGCGCGCUCGCGUUCAACCAUUGUCUCCGUCCCAGUCCCCAACGAGGAGGCGUUCUCUCCCACCAGCCUCGACUACUUUGAGACGGCUAUCAAGGAGUAUGCCGCCAAAGGUGUCACCACACGUGCUGUAAUGCUCUGCUCGCCCCAGAACCCAUAUGGCCGUACUUACGACAAAGAGACGCUCCUCGCCUACGCCCUGUUUGCUGAGAAGCACGAUCUUCACCUGAUCUCGGAUGAGCUGUACGCUCUCAGCGUGUAUGACAACCCCAACAUGCCCGACGCACCGCCCUUCAUCUCCAUGCUCGCUCUCGACAUCGAGAAGGAGACCGGCAAGCCAUUUGACAGUCGCAGGCUGCAUGUCGUGUACAGCUUCAGCAAGGACUUUGGGGUGAACGGUUUCCGCGUUGCGGCGGUUAUUAGCCAACACAACCCUCUUGUCCUGCGUGCACUGUUGCACACUGCUUUCCUUAUGAAGGUGUCCUCCCCGGCAGACGCCCUUCUCUCAUACCUCUUGAACGACAAGCCGACGUUCCGCAAGAUGGUAGCGCUCAACCAGGCCCGGCUCGCCGACUCGGCGGCGCACGUACGUGACUGGUUUGAAAAACGCGGGUUCAAGCCGUUCCAGAGCAAUGCUGGCCACUUCAUGAUGGUCGACGGCCGGGACGUCUUCCACUUCAAGAACUUUGAGGAGGAGCGCGCGUUUGCUCACAAGUGUAUUGAUGCUGGUGUCGUUGUGGGAGUCGGCCAGAGCUACCACUACGCUCAACCGGGAUGGUUGCGGGUCACCUUCAGUGUGCACCGGCCUGUGCUGGAUCUUGCCUUGCAGAGGCUGGACGAGGCUCUCAAAUCGCUCAAGAACUGA